AUGAGUAGCGGAAGCGGGUACCUGCUUUCAGAAUCGGAACCGUCUCGAAACUGCAGCUCACUCUCACCGUUUCUCUUCCCUCUGAUAACUACAGAUGGGAGAAGAGAGAAGAUUUCAAUAUAUGAUGUAGUUUUGGGUGAUGUAAUACCUCUUAAAAUAGGUGAUCAGGUUUCUUACAGGUCCCUGCUGAUGCAAGAUUGUAAGCUG